GACCGCAAGUCGCGACUCCGAGUCUGAGCGUCUUCGUCCUCGUCCUCGUCCUCCUGAGCCUCCUCCUCGUCUACCUACGCCCUACGCACCUGCAAAACCGACUGCACCACUACUUACACUACAACAUGAGGUUCUCGGCGCCACGCUCGCCGCCGCCGCCCUCUGUACCAAGGCAGUACAGAAGCCGGUCGACGUUCGGUGUCCCGUCUGACUCGGAGGAGGACGAAGAAGAGUACUACUCUGAGCUGGAGAGCGACUCGGAAUCUGGGAGCUCGUUCGACGCGUCGGGGCCAGAGGAGGACGAGACGUACCUCUCGGACGACCUGCAGGAGAUUUUGACACUUUCACGACCAACGCAAGAACGACCGAAACGCAGCCCUGCAGAGCAGCAUUACAUCAAUGAGGCGCUCGUGUCGGUGCGCCUACGCGCGAACCACCACGACCCGUACGAGGAGUGGAAGUCGGAUCUCAAAGAAGAGUCUUUGCGCGUAGCCCGCCUGGACCACUCCCUCGCGAAAGGCGAGCACCACAAAGCCCAGCUCGCCGCACACGCCCAGUAUGCCCAACGGCGCGCCACCGAGGUCGCCGCGGCGCGCCACAAGGCGCAGACGUACGUCGCGCACAUCAACACGCGGCGCGACAAGGAGAUGGACCGGCUGAGGACGGAGUGGGAGACGCGCAACAAACACCUGUGGGAGCACAUCGAGGGCGUGAUUCGCACGGAGGAUGAGAAGGUGCGCGCGAAGGAGGAGGAGGAGCGGAAGAAGCGGGAGGCGGAGGAGCAGAAGAGGAGGGAGGAAGAGGAGCUGAGGAGGAAGGAGGAGGAGAAACGGAGACAAGAGGAGGAGGAACGGAAGAAGGAGAAGGAGCGGGAAGAGGAAGAGGCGCGAAAGAUAGCAGAGGCGGAGCAGGCGCGCAAGGAGAAAGAGGCAGCAGAGGCGGAGCAGAGGGAUCAGCUAGGAUUCUCGACCGCCAGCGAGGAUUGGCAGGGUGCGCGUGAGAACUUGAAGUGGCUCAAGACGGGACCUGUGAAGACCGUCAAGUCAAACAAGGAGCUCAAGUCGCUGUGGAGUGCCGGGCGGCGUGCGAUCACUCCCAAGGUCGGACAACUAACGAACGACCCCGAGUCCAUCGACCGAAUAUCCCGACAGCUAGUCGAGGUUGUCUACGGGAAGCCCCAGCACCCGGAAGCGGUCUACUUCGCGCUCCUUUCCUCCCUCGCCAAGGCGAUCCUCCUCCAGGCGGAGACGGAAGUGACCGCGGAGAAGCGAAGCGCGGGCCCACUUGCGCAGGUCGCGGCGAACCUCCUCGGCGAGCUCUCCGGCUUCGCGGAGGCGUUCUGGGCGAAACUCUGCCAGCGCACAGGCGGGUGGCCCAUCCCGAUCGUCGUGCCCCAGGCGGACUGGAACGGCAUGCCGUUCAGCAAGGAGGACCGGCGGAAGGCGCUCGGGUAUCGCGACGGCGAGGGCCUCGCGGAGUACACGGCGCGCGUGACGGGCAUCAUGCGGGUAUACUUCCACAUCCUGUUCGCGGAGGUGGACAGCCCUCUCGAUCCAGUGUUUCGGCUGCCGAGGGUGUGGACGUACUUCGCGAGGAUGCUGACGGAGCCUGUGCUGCUGCAGAGCUCGGUGGCCCCGAGUGUGUUGCAUGCUGCGCUUGACGUCGGUGGCGCGCGGGCGAAACAGAUUUGGGGCAAGCAGUGGGUCAAGCUGCUUGCCCAGCUUUACGAGGCUGCGACGGUCGGGCUCGAGGGGGCGCCUGGACGACUGCUCGGGGGGCAAUCGUCAGAGGGCAUCGCAGCGCGUGUCCGUGUACAGCUGGAGAUCGAGCGUAUCAUGACGCAGUGACGGUAUUGCAUUUUGUUUGUUUGUUGUAUUACUCGACUGCUUUCUUUCGGACAGAGUAGUGGAACGUCAGCUUGUAAACUACAGUCGCCACUAUGGUGCACAGCUACGUAGAGCCGGAUGGUCAAAUCCAGCCGCGUUGAGAGUGAA